CAGCGGACUCCAUUUUAACUUCGACACCGAGCCGUACCUCACGUGUCCUGGGCUGUCUCUCUCACAUGACCCGAGUGUUUGUUCCCGUGAUCAGCACUUCCAUCUCCGUCUGUGACACCGAAUAUCACUUUUUAUUCAAACACUGAUGGAUAUGCUUGAACAGAGUCUGGACAACGCAAGCCAAGAAAAGCAAGAAGAAGAGGUUGUCCAGACAUCUGAAGACGGAACAGGAGAGGAGCAGACAGCUGUUACAAUAGCCAGUGUUCAGCAGGCUGCAGCGUUUGGCGAUCAUAACAUACAAUAUCAGUUCCGCACUGAGGGUGGUCAGGUGACGUAUCGUGUUGUUCAGGUGACUGACCAGCACCUUGAGGGAAGAGAUGAUGGGGGAGGAGCAGUGAGUGUUGUCUCCACAGCUGCCUUCACUGGGGCUCCUCAAGCUGUCGCUCAGGCUGUGAUCCAAAACCCUUUCAGUAAUGGAGGAAGCCCAGCAGGAGAGGCGGUGGGAGGGGAGACGCGCUUCGCUUACUUCCCUGCAACCGCGGUGAGCGACGGGACCGUGUCUGUGCAGGCCGCCGCGGAUCCUACACUCACACAGGCAGGGGGCCAGUUUUAUGUGAUGAUGACCCCCCCUGAUGUCAUUCAGGCAGGCACGCCACGAACCAUCGCCCCACGCACACAGCCCUACCCUGCAGAUGAAAACGAGCUGCUGCAGCAUGAAGGUUUAAACUGGAAAAUGGAUGGACCGCGAACACCGAGAGAUGAAAGGAGAAGAGCGCAACAUAAUGAAGUUGAGAGGCGGCGAAGAGACAAGAUCAACAACUGGAUUGUCACACUUUCCAAGAUCAUCCCAGACUGCAAUAUGGACAGCACCAAGACUGGAGCAAGCAAAGGAGGCAUCCUGUCUAAAGCUUGUGACUACAUCCGAGAGCUGAGGCAAAGCAACCAGCGGCUGCAGGAGAGUCUGAAGGAGGUGGAGAGGAUACAAAUGGACAAUGAGUUGUGCAGACAGCAGAUUGAAGAGCUGAAGAAUGAGAACGCUUUGCUCCGAGCGCAACUCCAGCAGCACGGUAUCGAGAUGGUCGGAGAGACGCCGCCGCAGUGAAGCAGAGGCGGAAAGGGCAGGGAGGGGCGCCGCCGCCCAGACACGCAACCGACGUGGUGGAAAGGAAGGCGAGACGAUGAAAGAACAAGGACUUGUGAAGAAUCACUUUCUUUUUAGUGAAUGCAUCCUCCCCUGGGCUCCCAGGUCACGGCCCCUUCACUGGCCAAUUGUGGCUGUGCUUGACUGUUCCAAUCCUAUUGAGAUAACCACCAGUUACAACUCAGCAGACAUGUGCUCCAAGAAUAGAUGCCCACUCUUCACCACCAGAGUGCUGCACUGGCACUAACUAUGAAAACGAAGCGCUUCUGAACUCCUCCCUUGUUUUGUAUUUAUGUAGCCUCACUCACGGACUCUGAUGUUUGUCAUUUAAUUUUGUUCCCCAUAACUGUAUUUCUCCCCCAAAAUUAUUAAUUUUGACUUAGUUCAUGCUUUUACUCUGUUUGUGUUUUUGAGUUCUGUUUUAAUGUUGUUUUUAGCUGCUUUAAUUUAUUAGUCCGCUUGCUGACAGAAGCCUUGAUGGAGACCAGUUACACUGAAGCUCAUGCACCCAAGAGAAGCAGAUUGAAUUUUAAGUGAGACAACAUCAAAGUGUGCAAAACAUUCUGAUUCUGCAGACGGAAAUAAUGUGACACACAUAGCUUACCUAGACCCAAAGACAAACAAGGAGCUGUGCUGGCCUGUGCUUCUUUGCUGAUUUAUGUAAAUAUGACUUCUCAUGUUUUAAUACAGAUGUUACAGAAUGUUAGAGCAGAUUAUCUCUGGGAGUCAACAAUCAAUAACUCAUUAACUUUACGCUGGCCCGUUGUCAUGGUGUGUGCAAUCCUGGAGCUUGAUUUGAGAAAAAAAAAAAAGUGGUAUACUUGAAUUGUUGGGCAUUUG